GGCACAGCUGUCGGGGAGGGGCCAGUGUUGUACAGUCAGUGGCUCCAGGCUCCAGGCUGGGCACAGAGAAAGCGGCAACACUCCACAGACUGAGCCGAGCAGCCCUGGUUGGAACCCCCGAGGCUGCUGCAAAAGGCAGGCCAGUUGAUGUCACGGCGUUCCCUGGAGAAGCGUCUCCCCUGCGGGCUGACAGCUGAUGGCAGGAGUCCUUGCUGCUUCUCCUCCUCCUUUUCUGCAUACACACUACUGGGAAUAAAUGAGGACAAAGAGCAUCGAAAAGAUACGGUGAUUUGGAGAAAAAAAUAUUACUCGGAUCGACUGGAAGCCCCGUUUGGUACACAUGAAUUGCCUGUUUUUUUGAGUUUACAAGCUGGUUUUGGGUUUUGUCUCCUAAAAUGAGUUUGGAAUUUACCACCGAGGAUUUCUAAUUUCUAUUUCCUCUUCACAUUUUCCCUGCCUUGUCUUAAAACUGCAUCAUCAAGACAAACCACCGAUCAUCACAAUGACUUGAGUGCCUUUUGAUUAAGUGACACCAUUAAUCCAAUGAUGCUAAAGUCUGCUGUUUUGUGAACUUAUUGYGCUUUUGGGGAGGUUUCGAUCGAUAGCCGUGAUAGCCAAGAGGUAGUACUAUGCACCGUUUUAGCUGUCUUACAUCCAACACUAAACUGCUAACCUCAUUGGAGGAGAAACGCUCGUAACGGUUUUCAAACUCCUGCAAAGAGUCUCCCUCCAUAUUUUUAAUUACUUAAUUACUUUUUUUAAAUUUAAUUCAGGGAGUGUAGAAAGCCGUAGGUAUGUUUGCUGCUGUGGAGCAUGGCCCGGUGCUCUGCAGCGACUCCAACAUCCUGUGCCUGUCCUGGAAGGGUCGGGUACCCAAAAGCGAGAAGGAGAAACCGGUGUGCAGAAAGCGGUAUUACGAGGAGGGCUGGCUCGCUACAGGGAACAGCCGAGGAGUUGUCGGAGUCACAUUCACAUCCAGCCACUGCAGACGAGACCGGCCCAGUCCACAGAGAGUAAACUUCAACCUCAGAGGACACAAUAGUGAGGUGGUACUGGUGCGGUGGAAUGAACCUUUCCAGAAACUGGCCACUUGUGAUAUGGACGGAGGGAUCUUUGUUUGGAUUCAGUAUGAGGGCCGCUGGUCUGUGGAGCUCGUCAACGACCGUGGAGCUCAGGUGAGUGACUUCACCUGGUCACAUGAUGGCACGCAGGCUCUCAUCUCGUAUCGUGAUGGGUUUGUCCUGGUGGGCUCCGUYAGUGGACAAAGACACUGGUCUUCUGAGAUCAACCUGGAAAGCCAGAUUACCUGUGGAAUCUGGACUCCUGAUGACCAGCAGGUGCUGUUUGGUACCGCAGACGGACAGGUCAUAGUGAUGGACUGCCAUGGGCGUAUGCUGGCCCACAUACUGCUGCAUGAGUCAGAUGGUAUUGUCAGCAUGUCCUGGAACUAUCCCAGCUUCCUGGUGGAGGACAGCAGCGAGAGUGACACAGACUCUGAUGAUUACACUCCACCUAAAGUGCACAGCCAGAAACCUCUUCUAACAGUCAGCUUCACCUCUGGAGACAUCAGCCUGAUGAACARUUACGAUGACCUCUCACCCACUCUWAUCCACACUGGUUUGAAAGACGUUGUGGUUCAGUGGUGCUCUCAGGGAGAUCUCCUCGCUGUGGCAGGGAUGGAAAGAACCUCCCUUUCACCUGAAACCCCCUGCCCCCCACCCACCAGGAAUGCCAUGGUGAAAUUCUACAAUGCUCGGGGAGAACACACCUACACACUCGACACACCAGCACAGCGCCCCAUCACCACACUCUGUUGGGGUCACCGGGACUCCCGUCUGUUCCUGGCGUCGGGCCCGGCGCUUUACGUCGUGCGAGUGGAGCACCGCAUCGCGGCGCUGCAGCUUCUCUGCCAGCAGGUCAUUGCCACAGCAGUGAAGGAGGAAAAAGACGUCUCCAAGCUCACCAUGCCUUCUCGUCUGGGUUCUUACGUCACCGCUGCUUUUGUCCCGACCAUCAAGCCCCCAAUUCCAGAUCCCAACAACAUGCGUGACUUUGUGAGCUACCCGACAUCUGGGAACGAGCGACUGCACUGCACUAUGAAGCGUACGGAGGAUAACCCAGAAGUGGGAGGACCAUGUUAUACUCUGUAUCUGGAGUACCUAGGAGGUCUGGUGCCAAUCCUGAAGGGCCGAAGGAUAAGUAAACUGCGUCCAGAGUUUGUCAUUAUGGAUCCAAAAACAGAUGGUAAAACAGAUGAGAUAUAUGGCAACAGUCUGAUAUCGGCGAUGAUUGACAGCUGUAAUUGCUCAGACUCUAGUGACAUUGAGCUGAGUGAUGACUGGGUCGGCAAAAAAUCUCCAAAGAUAUCGAGAGGAAGUAAAUCUCCCAAACUCCCAAGGAUUAAUAUUGAUCCCAGAAAAUCACCCAAACUGUCCCGAGCUACACAAGAGAUCUCUAGGUCUCCUCGCUUACCCAUACGGAAACCCUCCAUCGGUUCACCCAGUCUGUCACGAAGGGAAUUUCCUCUGGAUGACAUUAAUCAGCAAAAUUACCUUGCUCAGGUCACAUCCAAUAUUUGGGGAACAAAGUUCAAGAUAGUGGGUCUGGCCACAUUUUUACCAACCAAUCUUGGAGCAGUCAUCUAUAAGACAAGCCUCCUUCAUCUGCAGCCCAGACAGAUGACCAUCUAUCUGCCAGAAGUGCGCAAGAUCUCUCUGGACUACGUCAACCUGCCUGUGUUCAGCCCCAACGUCUUCAGUGAGGAUGAAGAUGACCUGCCUGUCACWGGUCCUGCUGGAAGCACUGACGACAACCCUCCCUGUACCGUAAACAUCCCCAUCGCCCCGAUCCACAGUCCUGCACAGGCCAUGUCUCCAGCCCAAAGCAUCGGUCUGGUCCAGUCGCUCUUAGCCAAUCAGAACGUUCAACUGGAUGUCCUAAGUAAUCCCAGUGCACCUCCUGCUGGAGCAGCUUCCAGUGGGCCGGACCAAAGCCAAGAUUCAAUGUUGACAGCCCAGUACACCGUACCCAGCAGGUACUCCAGUCCUGGUCAGGUUAUUUUUGGAGGACUGGAGGUGGGGCGUCAAAUGGUUGGACCUCCAGCAUCGCAUCAUCCAUCACAACAACAGCAACCAAGUCAACAGCAAACUGUGGGAGGUGAACAGGAGCACCUGCUGAAAAUCAAAACAACUCGCUCGACUCCACAGCUGGCCGACGGCGACACAGUUGUGUUCAGCGCUCCUUUAGAGCUCAGCAGGAUGAACCCACCACCCCCUUACCCCGGCACAGUGGCUGCAGCUGUUGCUGCUGCAGCGUCUGCAGCUGCCUCACCUUCAGCCGCCUCUGCGGUUUCCAGCUCCUUAUCAGGAGCGGGCACAAGUAGAACCCCUCCCCCCGGUGAUCUUUGCCUGAAAAAGGGGGAUUUUCCGCUUUAUUCAGGUCAGCAGCAAGCGCAGUAUCCCACUCCACUGGGCUACGAGAGGAUAACCACCUUCGACAGCAGUGGGAACGUGGAAGAAGUGUGUCGUCCUCGAACGCGCCUCGUCUGCAAUCAGAAUGUCUACACCCUCCAAGGACCUGGCACCUCUGCCACUCUCAGGGUCACCUCUUCAUCCUCUGCAGCCGACAAAAAAGUCCAGCUGCCCUACACCUCUGCCACUCUCAACAGACUCACUGCACCUCGUUAUUCUAUACCCAGUGGAGACCCGCCUCCUUACCCUGAUCCAGCCAAUCAGAACAGCGUGGCUGGGAGGAGUUCUGCUCAGAGGCUCGACAGCGGUCUAAUUCACGCAACCCUCAGGAGAAACAGCCGAGAGGCAGCGCUCAAAGUUUCCCAGAUGCUGGAACCGCCUAGACCACUGCCUCCCAAGGCUAAAAACAAUGCACUAGCAUCCUCUUUCCAGCAGAGGGUGCCAACAGCCUUAUACACCUGCAGCCAGUGUAGCAGUGGGUCCAGUGUCGGAGGCACUGUGCCAGGGAGUGCAAAUGGAAUAGCCGGGGGAACGAUUAUCAGACAGGAUUUCCCUCCGGGAAACGGAGCGCCACACAGCACAGUUAUAGUUCACUCCAACAGUGCAGCUCCUCUCACCUCUCAGUCCUCCUAUAAUCUGAUGAGCUCACUCGAGGGAUCUGGGAGCGCAGCGGGAGGUGGAAGCAACAGAGACAGGGCUGAUUAUGUGAACUCGGCGUUUACUGAGGAUGAAACRCUGAACCAGUCGCUGAGGCACCUGGCGUUGGGAGGAAACGAGGCGCUGGGGCUCGUUGUCAAACGCCCACCUCCCUAUCAGUGGGACCCAGCUGCCACAGAGGAGGUUUGGGUUCCUCAGGAAAGGACAGCGUCGUUGAGCUCCAACGCCCCGCCCGCACCUCACAAACCACCCCCUCUUAUUCUUAGCUCGGCUCAGCACUUGGAUGUAACCAGAAUGCCUUUAGUCCUUUCUCCAAAGUCCCCCACCAGCCCCAGCGCUGCGUCGUUCCAAGCUGCAGCUACAGGCUACCAGGUCUCUCUCCAGUACCCACCUGCAGCUGCCUACGCCGGAGCCCAGCUGCAAGCCAUCCCUGGGUCUCCACGCCCCUGCACCUCUCCGAAGGAGCUGAUGGCGCCUGUGCCCCUCUCCCAGCAGGAGGCAACCCUUGUCUUAUCGCCAGGUUAUUCUGCAAAUGUUGCUAACUUAGCCUGCUGUCCCCUCCCACCUUUAUACCCAGGAGGAAGCUCUUGUGCUGCACUUCUUGUUCCUCCCAUUGCCCUCCACACACCGUGGGGGACGUAUAACUCCUGUCCACCUAUGCCCAGUCCUGCAGUGCCACUACCACCCAAAGUGUCCCACAUGGCGGCAGAUAAAAAUGUUCUCUCGCCGCCCCCUCCUCCGCCGCCGCCGCCRCCWCCUCCUCCUCCUCCACUGCCACCUCCACCAGCAGAACCACAAAGUCACGGUGCUUUACAAGAGGCCAUGGCAGAGCCUGGGGAAAGUUUCCAAGAGGUGCUUUCCUUGACUGAGAGCCCCGUGCCUCAGCGCUCUGAGAAGUUUAGCAAAAAGAACCGCAAGCGGGCAGACGGUCGGGCCGAGGAGACGAAUGUGUCUCAGCUGGCCGAAGGCAGCAAAUCCAAAAAGGAGGGCAGAGCUCUGGGUGAUUUCAACUCGCUUAUCUCCAGUCCACGACUGGGAGGAAGAGACAAGAAGAAGCUGAAGGGACAGAAAGAGCAGCAGAUGAAGGCCAAGAAGCUGGGCAAGGCCACGGCAAACAGCGAGUUUCAGGACAGUUCGGAAAGCGAACCGGAGCUUUUCAUCAGCGGGGACGAGCUCCUCAAUCAGUGUCAGAGYGGUAAGAAGGGAUGGAAGAGCAAAAGGAACAUGAGGGCUGCCAGUGAGCUGGAUGAAAUCAAGUGUCGGAAAGCCAACGAGAAAGAAGACCGAGGACUGGGCAGCCAGGGGUUUGUUUAUGUCAUGGCCAACAAGCAGCCACUGUGGAAUGAAGCCACACAAGUUUACCAGCUGGACUUUGGUGGGCGUGUCACGCAGGAAUCAGCCAAAAACUUUCAAAUUGAACUGGAGGGCAGGCAGGUAAUGCAGUUUGGCAGGAUUGAUGGCAACGCUUACAUCCUGGACUUCCAGUACCCUUUCUCUGCUGUCCAGGCUUUCGCUGUGGCUUUGGCAAACGUCACGCAACGCCUCAAAUGAGACUGGCUCCUCCUCAGCUGACCCCGAGUUUAUCUGGAGCCAAAAUGCAAUUGUGCUAAAGAGGGGCCCGGUUCAAUUUGAGCUGUAGAAACUCUCUCUAGAUGGAUUUCAAGCAAAAAAAAGUUUGAAAUUAUCCUUCGUCGCAGAGAGAAAUGCAAGYCCACUGCACUCCACAGUGCCACCACUACAUACGGUGCAAUAAGCAUUAUCAGCGUUUAGGAGCGGCGUCAGAUCCGCUCCGUUUGGUGGUCACCCUUCAAGCAUGCAGGGCCAAAGAACUGAGCUUGGGUAAUCAUCAUGCAAAUAAAUGCUGCUUUAGAUGGAAGAAGCUUGUAGAUUAAGAGGACAGGUGCAGUUUUCAAUAAAAGCAGCAGUAAUACUUGAAAACCACACUCUGGAGAUUACUUUACCAGAGCGCACAGGUACUACUGGGCACUGAAAUCCAUUGCUGUAUAAAACUUUAGUGAAAACAUUUACCACUUUAAUAGACUGCUUUUGCUUAUAUUUUAUUAAAUGACAAUAAUUCAACACAUGAAAGUUAGGAGGAAUUUUGAUUUUCUCCCUUGUUGUCAUCACUGUUUUGUCUUUUGUUUUUUCCAAAUGUGCCCUGGCUGGAAUUGAAGCAGAAAUAUGCAUCAUUUAGGAGCACUAUUAGGAGAUGAGACUUUUCACUGUAACGAUUUUACAAAAGAUGAAGAAUUAUGGCUGCGGUGAGCUGCAGUCUUUAUCUUAUUGGGGGUUUGCAGGUUGAGGAAACAUCUGCUACGUGGAAUAAUUUAUAUGUACAUGUUUAUUAUUUUAUUUAGACACAUUUAUUGGUAAUAGUAAACUACCCUCAUACCCUCGCAUCACAGUUUCUUACCUGCUUUUUUUUUUGGGAGUUUGAACAUUGCUGUGCACUUCAGGUGGGAGUGGUUUACAGAAUAGCUUUGGCUGACAUAUCUUAUACUUGGAUAWCUAAAUAGGUGGACAAACGGGCGCCAAAAACGUCGGCUGAACAAUUUAACCUCUGGCAUGAAGUGAAAUGUCACCUGCUGUCACUUCURUGAAGUGAGUAUGUAUUUGGGGGCAGUCUUUGCUCUUUAAGAAACACUAAACAUGUAAGCAUGGUACAGGAAAUAUUUUUGUAUAUUUCACGUAUGCCAUUUCAUGCUCUUCUCAGAAGUYGUGUACAUAAAUCGUGUAAAUGUUGUAAAGAGACUUAGGCGACUUUGACACAUUUCUGUUUACAUCUGCCUCCACUGUGUUUAAUUCCAGGUGUGGAGUAAAGCUGUAACACUAAGAACCACAAAAACAAUGUUGAGUUGAAACCAUUGUCACUCAGUAAAGUAAAGCCUCUGCGGAAGAAUGAAGGUUUGGAUAUUUGUCUACUUAGUAAGCUGACUGAGCGGCUGGUUUCUGUUUCUGUUGUAAACUUUGGAUUCCAAAGAAGGAAAUAAGCAGUAAUACGUUAAAAUGAACAUUAUAAUUUACAGUUUUAUCUCCGAUGAAUGGAAAUAUCUAAGGGCAACAGAGCUGGGUAGGUCCACCUCAAAUGUUUGUGCCAAAAGUACAAGUUUUCUAAACUUAAAGUGGAAACAAACAGACCUAGAUGGAAGUGUGACUUCAUUACAGAGAACAGAAAUUAUUUGGAACCAACUAUAAUUUUGGUUUUUGAAUUGGUGAGAUUCAUACAUUAGUAUGAUCUUAGCAAAGUGCAUGUAUGUUGGUAAUGGGUUAUAGGAAAAAGAAGAGAUUUCAAAUCCUAAAAAAACCAUGAGCAUGUUAUGAUAUAGACCCUUUUGUGUUAGUCGUGCAAUAUUUUGAACGGGGGAAGAAAUAUUCGGUUGCCUUUAACCACAUUUUGAUAUUGAGAUUUUUUUUUUUUAAUUCUGUAUCUGAGAUGCUGGUCUGUUCGUAUUAUUUCCGAACAGAAAUAAAGUAUCCUCUCAUACUAUAAAUUGUGMAAUUUCGGAACAUUUUCUUGUGUUGAUGAGUUUGCAAGAUGUGUAGCCCAAGUUGCAAGAUGGCAAUGUGGGGAGGAGGAGGAAGUUUUAUGUGAAGUUAGCUUUGAUAAGACGCAAAUGAGUAAGUUGCCCAGUUUAUUGUUGUUGGUAGACUAGUUUUUUAGAGUGCAAGUGUCCAGUAAAGGUGUGUCUCUUUUCAGCUGUGCGCUCCACCAAUCCCAUCAGUGUUGCUUCAGAUGUUCGGUCAUCACUUCACACACAUUGUUCACAUGGGUUCAUUAGUGUAAACCACUCAGGUCAUGUUCAACAUGACCCCAUUAAGGAUUCCUUUUAAGAUGAUGACCUGUUGUAGAUACUGUAGGGUUUAGCUUUUCUUUAAAAGAGAUUUGUGUGUUGUAUUUGUAGGUGUAGACCUAAAGGAGAAAACAAAAAACAAACAAAAAUAAAAAUAAAAAAGGAAAUACACUUGAAAAAAUACGAGUCUGAUAUGUUGACUGAAUGUUUACAGUGGAUGGAUAGUAAGGCAUGCCAUGUAAAUUAUUUUCUAACUGUAUAUGUCACUCAUCUUUUUAAUAAAAUGUCAUUGAGGGAAAAAAAAGCU